CUCCUCUUUUUUCUCUUCUACAAAUAAAACGUCUCUCAACAGCAAGUUCACGACCGCCGCUCUCCCCGCCUCACCGACUGUCUUCUAUCUCCGGAUUCGCCGCCGGAUAAAUACGCUCUGUCUCCGGCGAACCAAACCGUCUUCCACCUACAACUCCGCCGCGCGUGCUCAGCCACCCGCCGCCGCUACUGCCACUCUUUCUGCGGCCGCCCAUCCGCUGGAUACUUUCCUCGCCUAGCUUCAGCGCAAUAAUUUUAUUUGUGACUAGAGUAUCUAAAAAUGAGGAAGAAAGUGGACGAGCGCAUCAGAACUCUGAUCGAAAACGGCGUCAAGACUAGACACCGUUCUAUGUUCGUUAUUAUCGGCGACAAGUCUCGUGACCAGAUUGUGAAUCUUCACUACAUGUUGAGUAAGGCGGUGAUCAAAUCUAGACCUACUGUUUUGUGGUGUUACAAGGACAAACUUGAACUUAGCAGUCACAAGAAAAAACGUGCAAAGCAGGUUAAAAAGUUAAUGCAAAGGGGACUGCUGGAUCCUGAGAAGGUUGAUCCCUUUUCACUUUUUGUUGAAAGUGGAGGAUUAACAUAUUGCUUGUACAAGGACUCAGAGAGAAUUCUAGGGAAUACAUUUGGCAUGUGUGUAUUACAGGAUUUUGAGGCUUUGACACCAAAUCUGCUAGCAAGAACAAUAGAAACAGUAGAGGGUGGUGGGUUGAUUGUGUUGCUGCUCCGUUCUCUAUCCUCCCUCACCAGUCUGUGCACCAUGGUUAUGGAUGUUCAUGAGAGGUUUCGUACAGAAUCCCAUUCUGAGGCUGCGGGUCGCUUUAAUGAGCGUUUCUUGUUAUCACUUGCGUCAUGCAAAGCAUGUGUUAUUAUGGAUGAUGAGCUGAAUAUUUUACCAAUUUCAUCUCACAUAAGGUCAAUUACCGCAGUUCCAGUUAAAGAGGACUCUGAAGGACUUUCAGAAGCAGAACGAGACCUGAAGAAUCUGAAAGAACAACUAAAUGAAGAUUUUCCUGUUGGUCCUUUGAUUAAGAAAUGUUGUACACUGGAUCAGGGAAAAGCUGUUAUCACAUUUCUUGAUGCAAUUUUGGAUAAGGCACUUCGUAGCACAGUUGUGUCUCUUGCUGCUCGUGGCCGUGGUAAAUCAGCGGCCCUUGGUCUAGCUGUUGCUGGAGCGAUUGCUGCAGGUUAUUCAAAUAUCUUUGUAACUGCCCCAAGCCCUGAUAACUUGAAGACUUUGUUCGAAUUCAUUUGCAAGGGAUUUGAUGCACUUGAAUACAAGGAGCAUAUAGAUUAUGAUGUAGUGAAAAGUACCAACCCUGAAUUCAAAAAAGCAACUGUUCGAAUCAAUAUAUACAGACAGCACAGACAAACAAUUCAGUAUAUACAACCACAUGAACAUGAAAAGCUCUCCCAGGUUGAACUGUUGGUUGUUGAUGAAGCAGCAGCUAUUCCAUUGCCAGUUGUCAAGUCUUUGCUUGGUCCUUAUCUAGUUUUCCUUUCAUCUACUGUAAAUGGCUAUGAAGGUACUGGUCGGUCCUUAUCACUAAAACUUCUUCAGCAAUUGGAGGAGCAAAGUCAAAUGCCUACGAAGAGUGUGGAAAACUCCCUUUCUGGUCGUCUGUUCAAAAAGAUAGAACUGAGUGAAUCUAUCAGAUAUGCUUCUGGUGAUCCAAUUGAAUCGUGGCUGAAUACAUUACUUUGCUUGGAUGUUGCAAACUCCAUUCCUAAUAUUAGCCGGUUACCUCCACCCAGUGAGUGUGAUCUCUACUAUGUUAAUCGAGAUACUCUUUUCUCCUAUCACAAGGACAGUGAGUUAUUUUUGCAGCGAAUGAUGGCCCUGUAUGUUGCUUCUCACUACAAAAAUUCUCCAAAUGAUUUACAAUUAAUGGCUGAUGCUCCAGCUCACCACUUGUUUGUGUUACUUGGCCCUGUUGACGAGUCAAAAAACCACCUUCCUGAUAUUUUGUGUGUCAUUCAGGUAUGCCUUGAAGGACAGAUUUCUCGUAAAUCUGCAAUCAAAAGUUUAAGUGAUGGUCGUCAACCUUUUGGAGACCAAAUACCUUGGAAAUUCUGUGAGCAAUUCCAAGACACAGUUUUCCCAACUCUUUCAGGUGCUCGCAUUGUUCGAAUUGCCACCCAUCCAAGUGCCAUGAGGCUUGGAUAUGGUUCAGCUGCAGUGGAACUUUUAACUAGGUACUUUGAAGGGCAGUUGACUCCUAUUUCUGAAAUAGAUGUUGAAAAUACUGUUGAGACUCCACAUGUCAGAGUUACAGAAGCGGCAGAGAAGGUUUCAUUGCUAGAAGAAAAUAUAAAACCCCGAACAGACCUUCCACACCUGCUAGUACAUCUUCAUGAACGACGACCGGAAAAGCUCCAUUACAUUGGUGUCUCCUUUGGGCUUACCCUUGACCUUUUUCGCUUUUGGAGGAGACACAAGUUUGCCCCUUUCUACAUUGGCCAGAUUCAGAGUACUGUGACUGGUGAGCACACAUGUAUGGUUCUGAAGCCAUUGAACAAUGAUGAAAUUGAAGUUAGCGGAUCUGAUCAGUGGGGGUUUUUUGGUCCAUUUUACCAAGAUUUCAAGCGAAGGUUUGCUAGAUUACUGGGUGCUAGUUUUCGGACGAUGGAAUAUAAGCUUGCCAUGAGCAUAUUGGAUCCAAAGAUCAACUUCCAGGAUGUGGAACCUACAAUGCCUCCCUCAAAUGGAUUUUUGACGUCGCUAAAUGGAAUUUUUUCACCACAUGAUAUGAAGAGACUGGAAGCUUAUACCAAUAAUCUGGCUGAUUUCCAUAUGAUUUUGGACCUUGUUCCUAUCCUUGUACAUCAAUACUACCAAGAGAAGCUUCCAGUUACAUUAUCAUAUGCUCAGGCUUCCGUUUUACUUUGCAUUGGUUUGCAGAACCAAAACAUAUCUUACAUUGAGGGAGAAAUAAAGUUGGAAAGGCAACAAAUUUUGUCUCUGUUCAUAAAAUCUAUGAAGAAAUUGUACAAAUAUCUUUAUGGUAUUGCUUCAAAGGAGAUCGAGUCAACCCUACCUCGACUAAGAGAAAUCGUGAUGGAACCCCACACUAUCUCCGUGGACGAGGAUCUCAAUGAUGCAGCAAAGCAAGUCGAGGAUGGGAUGAAAGCAAAGACAGAGAGUUUACUAGAUCCCGAUUUCCUCCAACAGUAUGCCAUUGCAGACAGAGAAGCUGAUUUCGAGAAAGCUCUGCAAAAUGGUGGUGGGAAAUUACCUUCGAGCGGUCUCAUCAGUGUGAAGUCGAGUAGAACUAAAAUGGAGAAGCAUGGAAAGCAGGAGAAGAGUCACAAGAGCGGAGAAAAACGUAGUAAGGAUCACCACAGCUCCAAAUCAAACAAGAAAAGGAAAUCUUAGUUUAUUGUCGGUGGGACAAAAGUCAAGGUGCGUGGCCUGGCCCUAUGGUUUUGCUCCAAGUUGAGUGUAGUUUUUGUUCACGAGGGAAUUUCCGUGUUAUUUAUUUCAGCCACUAGUUUGGUUUAUAGUUAUAGCAAAAUAUGAGGGGAUGCAAAAAAAAUUUGUCACAGUAGAAGGAACACCAUCUCUACUCUAGCAUUUCUCGUUCUCCUUCCUAUUUAUUUAUUUGAGUUUUUAUGUUUGCUCUGUUUUGAGAAAAGUA